CACGCUACAUAGUUGCCCUUCUGCACUUUCUAGGUUGAGCUCGAGCGUAAGAUGUUCAGCAUUAGGAAGAAGUUCGUAGCAGAGGUCGAAAAACACUCAACACUCAAGUACCCCCACCGUCUCAACUUCUAUGAUCAACCCCCACUUGGGGAAGUUACUAUUGAAGAAUUUGAGACGUGUGCUUUGGACCGGCUGCGCAUUCUCGCCGAGAUCGAAUCGUCGUUUGCACGGAAUCGGCCAUGGGAGGAACUCAAGAGGUUUACCCUCGAGCAGUGCUCCAAGUAUCUCCGCCUAGACGCAUCGUCUGCACACAAGCAAGACACAGAGGCACAGAGGAGGAAAGACCACCUCGGACACUUUGUGCUGAGGUUGGCAUUCUGUCGUUCGGAAGAACUUCGGCGGCGCUUUGUGAAAGCGGAAACAACACUAUUUAGGAUUCGGUACGAGGAGGAUGACCGGCAAGAGAGAGAAGAGUUCCUGCAAUCGCGUAAAUUCGGCUGGGAAUCCGUAGAGCCAGAGGAGGUGAAACAGUAUGCUAGCCAGCUGAAGGCAGCAGCCUCGACAUACUUGCCGCCGAAAGAGUUUGAACCAAAUCUCGAAGCAGACAAGUACUACAAGGUGCCGUGGACGCGCGUUCCAGACUUGGUUGAAAGACGGAAGGUUUUCUUGAAGGGUGGAAAGGCAUACGUGCCUUCCAAAGAGCAGUCGAGUAUCGUCUUCGAGGAGUUCCAGCGUAGCUUGGAGAAGGCGCUGCUGGUGACACUCAAACACCUGCCUCGUCUGGACGAAGAUACUCGCAUCUUUCCCUUGCUUGACAACCUCUCACAGGGCUUCCUUGCCGGCGUAUCAUCCGAAUGGUCGUCCACGACCUCUUCGGCGACUGGAGACGAGAUCACCGCUGACAUGGUCGAUGAGCUCUCACGGAGACAUUUCCCGAUGUGCAUGCGCCACCUGCAUGACACGUUGAAGCGCGACAAACAUUUGAAGCACUUCGGGCGACUGCAAUAUGGGCUAUUCUUAAAGGUUCUCGGUCUGUCAAUCGAGGAGGCAUUGGCGUUCUGGCGACGCUCAUUCAGUGGCAUGACGGACGAUAAAUUCAAUAAGGAGUACAAGUAUAAUAUCCGCCACUCCUACGGUCUCGAGGGAAAGCGCGCAAACUAUCCCGCGAAGAGCUGUCAGCAGAUCCUCCUGAGCGAUCAGCCUGGCCCACAAGACUCGCACGGCUGCCCGUACCGCCACUUCUCAUUGGACAACCUGCAAACAGCCCUUCUGUCCAUGUACUCAAGCCAGGGUCUGACUGUCUCGGAUCUCCCUGAGGUUGUGAGCACUGUGAAGUCCGGGCAUUAUCACGUCGCGUGUACGAGGGUAUUCGAGAUCACGCACACUGCACAAGGGCUGAAGAAAGGUGAAGGCGUUGAUGACGGCGAAAGCGUCACGCAUCCGAACCAGUAUGCUUCCCGUAGUCGAGAGCUCGAAAAGAAGGUGAAGGAAGAGAUGGAUGUUGAUGUGACCGUGACUUGAGCAGUCAGAGUCUUCCGUUGGCUGUCUAUUGCAUUUUGUUGUGCUAUUGCAAUUUAAAUUAUUGCACUGUUGCUCUGCCACUUUAUAUGUAUCACUCU